AUACUAGUUUUAUACUAGUAUGUAUCAUUAAUAAUUAAUUAAAAAUAAUUAAGAUGGAAAGCUGGUCUUCUUCAUCAUCGUCACCAGAGACCACUAUCAUGGCUGCCCUCUCCACUCUCUCCCCCUCCGUCCUCUCUCAACUCACCCGCCACCUCACCGCCACGUUCCACCACCGCAGCCGCCGCCUCUCCGCCCUCCUCUCCUCCCCCACCCUCUUCUCCCUCACCCUCCACCACCUCCACACCCUCUCCCUCCCCCAGAAAUCCCUCCUCAUCUCCCGCCACCUCCUCUCCCACCUCUCCCUCUUGGCCACCCACGCCCUCCUCCCCGCCUCCUCCCCCGUGACAACCCUCCGCGACCUCGACGCCGCCCUCCUCCUCCUCCUCCUCUGCGACCUCCACCGGACCGACCCCGGAGCGCUCGACNGGGAGCGCUCUGACGCUCCCCGCCGGGGCGCUGUCGGAGUUCGUGGACCUCGUGGCGAGGUGCAAGAACUUUGUCGACGCGACGGGCGGCCGCGACGGGAAGGAGGGGAGAGAGGUGGCGGCUUCGGUGGUGGCGGUGGUGGCGCUGAGGUCGGUGGAAGUGGGAGGAGGGGAGGCGGGGGGGCGGGAGUGCGUGAUAUGUAAGGAGGAGAUGAGGGUAGGGAGGGAUGUGUGCGAGCUGCCAUGUCAGCAUUUGUUUCACUGGAUGUGUAUAUUGCCGUGGCUUCACAAGAGGAACACGUGUCCGUGCUGCCGGCUUGAGCUUCCGACCGACGACGUCUCCGGCGAGAUCAAGCGGCUGUGGCACAUUUUCACUAAAAUGAAUAGCCAAGGCGAGCAUUAGUAAUUAAUUAAUUAAGAGCUAAUUUGAUCCGUAAAGUCUACUUUGGG